CCCACCAGGUCUAUCAUAUCACCACCGUGGGACGUGCGACACACUUUCUCUUUUUACUAGAGUUUAAGAAAGCAGGGGUCGAAAACAUCAACGUUAUUCCUUAAAUCGAAGUGUGUUAUCCCUCGUUUGUCUUCGUCCGCCAUUGUGUGCAGACGUAAAAGGGACUUUCCAUUGUAAAAGGAGAGUCGAUAACUUCAGUAACUUUCGGUUUCACUUUGACAGACAUAUCAGCACGGUCGACGUCGGAACGAGCAGCGGGUUACGAACGUUAACGUUUGUUAGGGGAAACAUAACGUCGUCGGUUUACGUUGUCAGACUUAACGUAUAACAAACCGACGAAUACAACCCGGGCUUGUCGAAAAGGAAACAAGAUGAGCUCCUUCUCCCCCCUGCUCUUCGUGUGCCUGGAUGUGUGUGUGGUGAACGCCAUCCGCUUGGUCCAGCUCUCGCCUCUCCUCCUCCCCCAUCCGUUCCUCACCCUGUGGGGAGGAGGGUUGACCAGGGGUGGCCUCCUCGCCCUCCUCGCCCUCACCUACCCCGGAGGAGGACUGCCGUGGAUGAGCAGCUUCGAGGGGCUGCAGAGCUUAGGGGUCCUUUGCUUCCACUUCCCGGUGUACACCACUCUUCUCUGGGUGCUGGGGAUGCCCAACGCGGAGGAACUGUGGGGGUGGCACUCCUGGGAGAGGGUGUUACAGGGUUAUCUUGUGAUGGUAGUGGCGUGGCUCUACUGGAGUCGAUAUGUGUCGUCUCUUUUGCUCUCCGGGGGUCGAUACAUCUCGUCUCUGCUGACGAGGGCCCUCUCUGAGGGGCCCAAAGAGGGGCCCAAAGAGGACACCAGUGCGUCUCUGAAGAGGCUGAUGGGAUACAUGCGGCCGUAUGUCGGGCGCAUUGUUUCUGUGCUGUUUCUCGUGAUUCUUUCUUCUUAUGGUGAGAUGGCUAUCCCUUAUUACACUGGCCGUGUGGCUGACUGGAUCACAAAUGAAGACGCACCGGAUGCAUUCACAGAGGCCAUCAUCUUCAUGACGCUGAUGACUAUUGCCAGUGCUGUGCUUGAGUUUGUAGGCGACCUCAUUUACAACGUCACCAUGAGCCUCGUACACACCUCGGUGCAGGGAGCCGUCUUCCAGGCUGUGCUGAAGCAGGAGAUUGCUUUCUUCGAUGCCACUAAGACAGGGGAACUGGUGUCCCGUGUUACCACUGAUACCAACGAUAUGAGCGAGGUGCUGAGUGAGAAACUGAGUCUUGUGAUGUGGUACACGGCUCGGUUUGGCUUCCUCUUGUACUUCAUGGUGAUCCAGUCUUGGAAAAUGACCCUGCUCACCUGCAUGGGACUGCCCAUCAUCUGGUUCAUACCUGAGCUCACUGGAAACUUCCACAAGACCAUGGCUGCAAAGGUUCAGGAGUCGCUGGCUAAGGCCAACCAGGUGGCCACAGAGACCUUCUCCUGCAUGAAGACAGUGAGGAGUUUUGCCAACGAGGACGGUGAGACAGAGAGGUACAGACAGCGGCUGGAGGACACUUACGCCCUGAACAAAAAGGAAUCACUAGCUUAUGCAGCCUCGACCUGGGCGAACAGCAUGACCACCAUGGCCCUGAAGGUGUGUAUUCUGUACUAUGGAGGAACCCUGGUGACCAGAGGGGACGUUAGCAGUGGAGACUUGGUGUCAUUCGUCCUCUAUGAGCUGCAGUUUGCCUCUGCUGUUGAGGCUGUCAUGCAUUAUUACCCGGAGGUGAAGAAGGCAAUUGGUGCCUCUGAGAAGAUCUUUGAAUAUUUGGAACGCAAACCUCAAAUACCCCCAGAUGGCUGUUUGGCACCCGAAAAUCUUGAGGGACGCAUUCAAUUCAAAAACGUUGCGUUUUCCUAUUCUGGCACGACAAACGAAAGCAAUAUUGUGCUCAAGGACGUGUCUCUGGAGAUAAAGCCAGGCCAAGUCACGGCCCUUGUGGGGCUCAACAGAUCAGGGAAGUCCACCUGUGUCAAGCUGCUGGAGAGGUUUUACCAGCCCCAAGCAGGGGAGAUCCUACUGGAUGGGAAACCACUGCAAUGCUACAAAGACCAGUACCUACAUGACAAGAUUGCUGUGGUGAGCCAGGAUUGCCUGCUGUUUGCUCGCUCUGUGCGGGAGAACAUCAAGUACGGCUGCGAGGAUGCCUCUGAUGAGGAUAUGCACACGGCUGCCAGGCUGGCGAGUGCCCACGACUUCAUCAUGGAGCUGUCAAGUGGCUACGACACAGAUGCUGGGCAGAAGGGAGGCCAGGUGUCUGGAGGCCAGAAGCAGCGCAUUGCCAUUGCCAGAGCUUUGAUCCGACAUCCUAAAAUCCUGAUCCUUGACAACGCCACCAGUGACUUGGACGCAGAGAAUGAACAUCAGGUCCACCAAGAAUUGCUAUACCAAACCAACAACUACUCCGUGCUGCUGAUAUCCAACAAGAUGAAUGUCGUAGAGAAGGCCGACCAUAUAGUUGUCCUCAGCGACGGGAUUAUAAAGGAGGAGGGCAGCCAUGAGGAGCUGAUGCAGGAAGGCGGUCUUUAUGCUGAUCUGGUGAAAAAAGCAGAAUGUGGCUUUCACCGUAAAGAAGAGGAGACGAAUGACACACACUGAUACACUCUGGGUGACACACUGGGUGACCGUGGCUAAGUGGCGAGCAGGGCCGUCCUUGAAUCGGCGGUUCGAUUCCAGCUCCGCUAGUCGCAUGUCGAUGUGUCCAUGACCAAGACA